UGAAGUAUGGAAAAUGGAUGGGGAGAGUCUAAAUGGAAUUGCUCAAAUCCAGUUCCAUCUAAGUUAGAUAGAUAGGUUUCUUUUUUUAAAAUAUGAAUCCGAUUAUGGGCUCAAUCAUGCGGGUUUUUUUUCUUCCGGGUUGAGAGCGCGAAGGGAGGGAUGAGCAAUGAUGCUGGCAGCCUGCACAUCGCUCCGCACAUCAUCAUCAUCAGCAGCAGCAGCCAAAUCCUUCCUUUUCUUCCCUCCCUCCCUCACAAGAACCCGGCCAGCCAGAGUCUGCACGUCCGCCCCCCAGGCCGCCGCGAGGGACGGACCUCAGUCAGCCGCGGACUCUUCUCCCCCUGCGACCCUCCGUAUCCGCCCGUCUCCCCUCAUGGAUGUCCCGACUCGUUACGGCUCUAGUCGACGGACGCCACCCGCGUAGAUGUGUGUGUGACGGCCCACGCCUCACGUUAAGCUUCUUUUUUUUUUUCUUCCCCCCCCCUCAUGCGGUAACCAGUUCGACGGCAAAGAGGAGGAGCAGCGCGCCCCCCGUCGUUAGCCGAAGAAGCUAACCGAGCUAGCUAACUUUAGCCCCGACACUUGGUACCCUAGUCGGGGGAGUUUUGUGGCUCACAAGCUAAGCUGGGGCGGACUUGGGCUACGCCGUCACUCUUUUAAAUUAAGACUAAGAGCCUUUUGUCUUCACUGCUUCAGAAGCCGUAAGUCCAAGCGAAGGAGAAUGUUGGAGUGACAAGAAAAGGAGGAAGUGGGAUCUCUGACGCUCUGCCUUCUUUGCUGGUGGAGCCCUUUUGCAUCUGACCAGUCUUAUUAAUGUGUCAUGGGUUGAAGACUGACAAUAAAAGCCGAAGUUCAGGGAACAAGACUUGGACUCUUGGAUACAAAACGAUCCUUUCGCUAGUCACUCAGGCAGACGUACUGAGACUGUCUGCAAGUGAACAUUUGAAAGCUUGAAGGCUGAGGCGGUAUCUUCAUCAGGACCAUGGCAAGCCACGUUGAGGCCAAUCUCCAAUGUCCGGCCUGUUUGGAGAUCUUUAAAGAUCCUGUCAUGCUGCCGUGUACUCACAGCAUCUGCAAAGGCUGUCUCCAGGAAUGGCGGAAAGAGAAAGGCAGUUACUCCUGUCCAGUCUGUAGAAAUGAGUUUAAAUCCAUGGAUUUCCAUCUGAACUUGUCACUGAAGAACGUGUGUGAGGCUUUUUCACAAGCCUCAAUCGAGUUAAAGGAGAUCUGCAGCUCGCACAAGGAGAAACUCAAACUCUUCUGUUUGGACCACCAGGAGCCUGUGUGCCUCAUCUGCAAAGAUUCAGAAAUCCACGCCAAUCACAAGUUCCGCCCCAUUGAUGAAGUUGCAGAAAGUAACAAAGUGAAACUCCAGGAAGUCUUGUUGGAUACAAAGAAAAGACUGAAAGAUUAUACCGAGGUAAGGGACAACUGCAAUAAAUUCUCCGACUACAUCAAGUUCCAGAGGGAGAAGGUGGAAAGCACGAUUAAGAAGGAUUUUGAGGAGCUUCGUCACUUCUUGCAGGUUGAGGAGGAGGCCAGGUUGUCUGCUGUGAGGGAGGAAGAGAGGAACAAGACUCAGAUGAUCAAGGAGAAAAUUAAGGCUCUCAGCACAGACAUGGCCACUCUCUCAGACAUGAUCAAAACCGCAGAGGAGCAGCUGAUGUCCGACGACCUUUCCCUCAUGAAGAACUUCCAGACUUUAAUGACCAGAAUGCAGAAGCCUUCCGACAAGCCCGAGUGGCUCUCAAGGGGAUCUCUCCUGGAUGAAGCCAAACACGUGGGCAACCUCAAGUUCACUGCGUGGGAAAAAAUGAAGGAGAUUGUUUCCUACAGUCCUGUCAUUCUGGACCCUACCACAGCCUGUGCAAAACUCAGUCUGUCUGAAGAUCUGACCAGCGUGAGUGCUGAUGCAGAACAGCAGCGUCCCCAAAAUCCAGGGAUGCUUUGGGAGGACGUUGUGUGCGGUUCUGCUUUGACCUCGGGGAUGAACGUUUGGGAUGUUGAGGUGGGAGACAACACUGACUGGCGGCUGGGGGUGGCGUGGGAAAAGUCCUUUGUCCUAUGGGGGUUCUGGAUCACAUUUCGAGAUGAUAAAUACACACUUUCUUCAAAACAAUCCGAAACGUGGUAUCCAUCAGUGAAACUGAAGAGGAUCCGAUUUCACAUCGACACUAACAAAAAAUCACUUUCAAUCACCGAAUCUCUAACAAGUACUUCAUUGCAUGAAGUAGAUAUUUCCAAGUGGGAUUUUUCAUCCGACAUGAAACGAGUCCCUUACUUUUUCACUAAGGAUAAAAAUCCUCUGAAAAUACUUCCAGUUCCGCAUUGUGUUACGAUUCAAAAUCAGUGAUGAUGUCAGAGAUCUUUUUUGUGACUGUCCAAUGUUUUCCUGUCAUUACGACGCGAGACUGGCGAAAUUAGAAUCUCCCACAUGAUGAUGCCUCCUUCUCCGUAGUGUUAACGUUGUGCCGGUGCAGAAGGUGGGGAAAAAUGUUUGAGACCUUGUUAGAUCAUUAACGAGCACCAUUUAUCAUUUGUAUUUGUUUGUUAAGACUAUUAGAAAGUGUGUGGCGAAAGCAAGCUGAAGAAUAUGAUGUGAUUACAUUGUCAAUGUUGCAACUGUUGGCUCACGAGUUUACCAUUUGUCAUUUUGUAAUUAAAAGGGGGAAGCAUGACUCAACUAAAUGCUCCAUACUUUGUAUUUUAUAUAUAUAAAACAAGAUGGUAAAUAGUUAUGUGUUUAUUUUUGGGGAUGACAGAGCAAGUAAUUAUUAAUUAAAGCACAGCAUCUCAAACUCGAAACUGAAAGAAUGACAAAGAUAAAUAAAGAUUAGUUUUAUUGUUGGAUCACCAAGAUAGAGGUUCCGUCAUAAAACUUUAUAACAGCCAUGUGUUUUUUUUCUUUCUUUUCCAUGAACUGUGAUAAGUGCAUUUGAUUCAUGGGAUGGCUCUGAGGCUUUUGCAAUGAUGUACUGAAAGGAAGCAAACCACUGUUAAGAUUACUAAUUGGUAUUCAAUCAGCGCUGAGUGGCAUGUAUCUUUUAUUUGCACCAAUAAACGUCUACAUUUGGUA